GAUGAUUGUAGACUCUACAGAAAUCACUAAAGGAUCAAAAAGAAAUUAUCCAAGCAAUUAAAGUGAAAAAAACUUGGAGUAACGCAAACAAAUUGAGAUUACUGGUUCACUUCAGAAUCAGAUAAACAUUUUUACUCUACAGAAAUCACUAAAGGAUCAAUAUAAGACUAUUCUAAAAUAUGGUAACAUCUGGUUAACAUCCUUAAUGAAAAUGGAACAUGAUGCACUGAAGACUACCUUAAUGCUGAAAAAGAAAAAAAAAUUCGCUGAUGCAUUGAGCUGGGAGCAUAUUAUGCCUUGAGCAAGCAUGUCGGUAACAUAUCCAUUGAAUUUCAGUAGUACGCAGCUAUGCGUAGCAGCGUCCAAACAAAUCUCAAGAGACAGUUUGCUGCAUGAUUGAUUGAUAUUAACAUGGUAUCCAACACACAUCAAAUAAGAGAAAGAAAGUCAAAACUCCAGUCUAAUCUCCACCAUAGUUUAAUGACAGGAUGAGGUUUCACAUAACUUGGGCGUGCAACCUAAACAAGCUGGAUGUGUGACUAUGUCAUCUCACCAAUUACAUCUCCUGACUUCAGAUAAGAAACUCUAAUGACUCGAUUAUACGUUUCAUUGACAGUUCUCAUGAGCAAAGAGAUGGCACUUUAUAAAUUAAUGUACCUAAUGUAGCACAAAAGCAAUAUGUUAUAUUAUGAUCCAUGCAAGAGCUAGUCUGCUAUAUAUUAAAAACUUUGGAUGAUCGAUGUCUAUGUAACCUGAUAUAUCCAAGCUGAGUCAAUGACCAAAUGCAUUCUCAAAAGGUUAACCUAAUCAAGGACACCGAAAUGAACAUCAUUGCUACAAAGGAACUGUCUUUCUUGUUUCUUCAACUUUGUCGAUAAAAUAUACCAAACAUGAUGAGGUGCCAUGCAUGCAUGCCUUGAUGAGCUUAAUUUGUUAGUUCCCAUCAAUCCUUCUCAAUAGUUAGUACAGCUGCAUGCAAUAUAUUCCCUGAACAUCGAGGCGCAGAUACUACUGUCUAAAUCCAACACCAGCCUUUAAUUGCAUAGCAUCAUCAGCUCCCUCAAUAGAAAAUGCAGCAUGGGGGAGGAAAAGAAGAAAGCAUGGCACUUAAGCUGCCAGGCUUCUGAAGGCACCAUGCAUGCCUCAGCCGCCUCAAAAACCUUUCAACGCUCCUUGAAUUGCACGUCUCUCUUUCUCCACACAUUGCAUACACGCAUGCGGCCACUAUAAGUAGCACCAAAGUCACCACAUUAAGCAAGCACCUGCUCUCAUCUUCUCCCCGUAGCCUUAGCUUCCACCCGCCUGCCUAGUCUAUCUACUUCUUCUGCCUUACACUUCACCUCAGCCAUGGCUGGAGCUUCCAACCUUCCUCCCGGUUUCCACUUCUUCCCGUCAGAUGAAGAGCUCAUCAUUCAUUUCCUCCGCCGCAAGGCCUCCCUCCUCCCUUGCCAACCUGACAUCGUCCCUACUCUGAUCUUGAAUCUCUAUGAUCCAUGGGAAUUGAAUGGUAAAGCACUCCAAUCCGGUAACCAAUGGUACUUCUUCAGUCAUGCGACGCAGACUAGGACCUCGCCAAAUGGGCACUGGAAACCCAUUGCUGAUGAGACAGUUAUUAGUGGUGGUUGUAAUGUUGGCCUGAAGAAGACCCUCAUUUUCUUCAUUGGGGAGCCCUUUGAGGCGAUCAAAACUAACUGGGUCAUGCAUGAGUACCACCUAAUGGAUGGGAGUACCAAUUGCAGCAGUAGCAGUACUUCAAGCAGUUCAAGCAAGCGGUCCCACAAGAAAAAAGGUCACUCAGACACAGAAUCCAAGAACUGGGUGAUAUGCCGAGUGUUCGAAUCGAGUUAUGAUUCACAAGUGAGCUUCCAUGAGGAGGGCACGGAACUGUCAUGCUUAGAUGAGGUGUUUCUAUCCCUAGACGACUAUGAUGAAGUCAGUUUUGCCAAAUAAUUAGAACCUUUAUAGGAGCUGUUAGUAGGUUAGGUCCUUCACCUAUCAAAACAUUUGAUCACAGUGAUUCUCGCAAGAAAACUUAGUUUUAUAAGAUCAAAUGGUUUGAUAGCUGUUGAACCUAAUGAUCUAAUAGACCAGAUAUGUAAUUACUCAUCUCCUCCCAGGAGUUGCAUGCAACAAAUUUGAGCUAGUUUUUAAGAACUAUGAUAUUGCGAAUAUAGAUUAAUUGAGCA